AUCGAUCCCAAAGAGACCGAUGUACAUACUAUCUCCUUUAAACGCUAUUACGUCACAGCAGGCAUGCACUGUCGCCUGAGCCAGACGGAGAGAACAUGAAAAUUCUAAAUCUUCCCUACCACUCCGCCAAUCAUAGUAGGUGAAGGACGGCGUUCGUGUAGCGGCAACCAGGUCAAAACCGCCGGACGAGGCAGCGGUAGUGUCAAUCAUUGAAAUUAGUUACACAUCGCACGUUUCGUAGCAUGGAUUAAAUAAGUUUUCGUGCAUCCGGCGCGCAGUUUAACGCAAUCCCACAACGGCUGCAAAUGGAAUUAUCCUUACCGAAGGAGGGAGCCUGCACUGCAACACUGGAAAAGAAAAGGGAACAAUCGUCCGCCUCGCUCUCUCUAGAAGCACUCUGCUCUACAACUGUCAGUCGACGCUGUCAGUGAGGUGCGAACAGUUUGGGGGAAAACAUACACACGCAGAACAACACAACAUCGCCUGUGCGGGCACGGUGCGGAAGGAAAAAUUUGGACAUUCCCACUCAUCCUUAUCGCAGCUAUCGACACGAAUCGUUUUCGCUUGCACUGGACCGAUUGCCCAUUUCCUGCUGAUACGGCGAUAUGCACCGGGCUCUGUAAUUGCGGAGAUCAUCCACCACAACUAGCACGGCCAACGUUUGCAUCGGAACCACAUCGAUCGCUGCUGUGUGUGUGUGUGCCGGGUAUGUGUAGUGCGUGUGUCCGUGUCCUGCAGUAGCGCCCGGAAUAGUGUUGCCGAACCGAGUGCGCAAUAGCCGCGCGUGACCACCACCAUGAGCACCCUGUUUGCCCGGGUGUUCCGGCAGGCAUGGGCCACGUUCGAGCACACCGGAGCGGGGGACGCAAAGUUCGCCAGCAAUCUGAACGCGCUGCGCCGCCUGGUCGACCAGCUUACGUUGGCGGACAUUGGGCUGGAACCGUCGCUCGUUGCGACGGAAACGUUCCAGCAGCCGACCAAGGCGCCCUGCACGUACGUCGGCGUAUUCGAGAACGACCGCUUCGCGAUGUCGGUGUUUGUGCUGCGGGAAAACUACACCAUGCCGCUGCACGACCACCCCCAGAUGCACGGGCUGCUGCGGGUCGUGUCGGGGGCGGUACAGAUCUGCAGCUACAGUGAGAUCGCGCGCCGCGACACGGUGGAACCGCGAGCCGAGGGUGGCACCCUCCGCCGACACGUGCUGGUGGUGGCCGAGCCGGAAAAGAUUAUCAGCUCGGCGGCCGGCGACUGUGCCGUGCUGACGCCGACCGAGCGGAACUUUCACGAGAUAACGGCGAUCGGGGGCCCGGCCGCCUUCUUCGAUAUCCUCAGCCCGCCGUACAACACGGCCAGCCAGCCGCAGUACUACUUCUACCGGAAGGUGCCCGUCCCGCGGCAUCUGGCCGAGAUGGAACCGCUCGGGUUCGGCGGCCCGGACAAACCGUCCGCCCAGGAGGACGAGCGGCCCCGGUACGUGCUGGAGACGAUUCCCAACCCGGAACACUACUACUGUGAUACGGUGCACUACGCCACGCCGGAGUUUAUGUAUCAACAGGCGGAAGGAGGAGGAGGAGGAGGAGGAAGAGGAGGCGUUUAAGGAUCGUUUCCGGGGAAGGAUUGCGAAACGAGCCGAAAAGAGUCCCGGGGGGAGGAAGAAAGGCGGUCGAGUACUAACUACAAAUUAUAAUUAGCAUUUUGCACUCGAACGCUUCGAUGCUGGUGGUUUCUUUUUAAUUUGUUGGAUUGUUACUUUUUGUUUUUGUUAUGUUAUAUUUUUUGUUCUUCUAUUUCACUAUUAGAAGAAAUCGCAGUAGGCAUCGUUCGAGCCUAGCGUAGUGUGUGUGUUUCUCACCCCGUUUUUUUUCAGGUGCGCCUGGAAGUUGGAGAAGGAGGCGAUGGCGUUGCGUUGAUGCAAUGGCCAUGCAAUACUGCACGCGUAGUAGUACCGUUACUGAAUAGUAGAAGGGCACUUAACCCUUAAUAAACAAGCAAGCAAGCAAGCAAAGCCUAACGAAAGUUCAAUAAAACCAAAUUUAACUCUACUGCUAG